AUGAAGGCGAUGAUACUACGCCGCCGCGGCGCCGGCGGCGGGCUGCGCAUCACGAGGAAGGGCCGCGGCUUCAUGUGCGGCUGCGGCGGCUCAAAGGCCGUCUCCGUCUCCGACGGCUCCGACAAGCAGUCCCCCAUGGCCACGCCGCCCACCAACACGUCGACCGCCACCACUGCCACCACCAUGUCCACGGUCACCACCACGGCGACGAGGAGGGCAGGGAACAGCAGGGCGGCGUCGUUGAUCUCCACCGCGGCGGCGUCCUCCUCGUUCUCACCCUCGUCGACGGACGAGGCCGACACCAGCGUGGGGAGCACCCCCAGCGUCGCCGCGCUCCUGCGGCAGCUCGGCGAGCUCGAGCGCACCGUCCGCUCCCUGCAGGGCGCCGGCGCCGAAGGCGUCGGCGACGGGAGGCGGCACAGGCGCACCUCCAGCGAGGGCGGCGGCAGGAGGGUGGAGGAGAGCGUGGCCGUGGUGAAGGAGUCGGCCGACCCGCUGGCCGACUUCCGGCGGUCGAUGCUGCAGAUGAUCGUGGAGAAGGAGAUCGUGGGCGGCGCCGACCUGCGGGAGCUCCUCCACCGGUUCCUGUCCCUCAACGCGCCGCACCACCACCACCUCAUCCUCCGGGCCUUCGCCGAGAUCUGGGAGGAGGUCUUCUCCGGCUACGAGCGCACCCCGGACUUCCUCGUCUCCCACUCCCACGGCAGGAAAAGGCUCCCCGCAGCGAAUUCCCUCCGCUGA